GUGCGGCCAGAUACCGACGAUUUGUUGGCGAGAAACACGUCGGCAACACGAGUCGCCUACAUUUGUUUGUAUAUUUGGAAUAGAGUGUAUUCUCGCAAGUGGUGUUUUUGAGACGCAAUUGUAUCAGAGGAACGAAGACGAUAAAGAAGAGUUUGAAUAAUUUCUCUCAUAUCUUCUGCAAUACUGAAAGUUUUAAUUUAUGAAAUAAUUUUUACUUCGUUGUAAAUUAAUUUUUGCUUUCUGUAUGCACGUGAACCAAUGGCGUAGUUGAACAGUGAGAAAUUAUUGUGGUAGUGGAAACGGCUGAAUAUACUAUAUUGUGAUUUCAAGCCAAUAAAACUGUCCAAGCGUCUCGGUAUCCCAAAAAGAGUGACCACAAACAAAGAUCUAUCUGCAUUUAUGUAUGUACAAAAGAGCAGCCCAGUGACAAGCAAAUAUGAUAUGGACGAAAGAGCUGGUAAUAGAGCUAAUCGAAAUGCUGAAAGCUGCACCCGCGUUGUGGGACAUUAAGUGCAAGGAAUACCAAGACAAAAAUGCCAAAUAUAGAGAAAUAUCAAAAAUGGCUUCACAUUUUAAAACAAAUGACCUUGAGAUAUCCAAGAAAAUUAAAUCCGUAAGAAGUCAAUUUACACGAGAAAGGAAGAAAGUAGAGGAGAAAAGACGGUGUGGAAUCGCGGUAUGGUUUGGAUAUGACAUGCUCACCUUUCUUGAAGGAAACGUCUCUAAAGGCGGUCGCACCACUAAACAGGAUGGUGCAGCAGAAAACGACGAUAAUAUGGACAGCGAUACGAGCGUUUCAUCCUACGAACAUGAAAGUGAUGAUUUUAUAGAAAAUAUACGCGCAUCACCUAUGUCCACAGUUUCAACGCUUAGCCAAAAGAGAAAAGCAAUGAACGACGAUUCUAGGGAGGAUGAAGCGUACAAACUGAUGCGAACUAUGAACCAAAGUAUGACAUUAAAGGAUGAUUUUGCCGUUUAUGGAGAGAAUGUUGCCAGCAGAAUGCGUUGCGCAAAUCAAAGUAGUCGAGCCAUAUCCAUUGCCAAAAAUAAGAUAGACAAUAUACUAUUCCAGUUAGAAAUGGGUGAAUUUGCAGCGGGUCAAAUUGUGACACCUGGUGGACGAUCUUCUUCCAAUUCGCAUCAACCAGGGGUUAUCUAUCCUUCGCAAUCACCAUUUGCCCCUUCAGCACAUUUAAGGUCCUUCAGGCUUCCAACAUCUUCCUUAUCAACAUCAGCAACAUCAGGCCCAUCAAUGAUUUAUGUUAAUACGUGGCAACCACGGUAUGAGCCAGCGCCAGAAGCAUACAAUAUUCCUGCAAACGAACAACCUAAAUUGGAACAGGAAGAAGAUGAAUUUCUUGCUCCCCAAAGUAAUUGAUAACAGUUCUCUUACUAUAUCAACUUAUGUACUAACUUUAUUGAUAAUAAAUUUAUCAUAGGCAA